GCGGACUUCACACAAGUACUUGGACUGAACGGUCUCCACAACCACUUCAACACAGACAUUAAGUCAUGGGGUUAAGUCAGUCGACACCCAAGGUCACCGCUCAUGAUCGAGCGAUUCUCGAUCUUAAACUCCAACGCGAUAAGCUAAAGCAAUAUCAGAAGAAGAUACAAGUCGUGCUCGACCGGGAGCAUGAAAUUGCCAAAGUACAUCUCGCUACCGGUCAGAAAGACCGUGCCGUCAUAGCCCUCCGUAGGCGCAAGUAUCAGCAGAGCUUACUGCUCAAGACCGACAGUCAAUUGGAGAACUUGGAGCAAUUAGUGUCAACCAUCGAGUUUUCUUUGGUCGAGGUUUCUGUCCUUCAUGGUCUCAAGCAAGGCAAUGAAGUUCUUCAAGAAAUUCAUCGUGAGAUGAGCAUCGAGAGUGUUGAGAAGCUCAUGGACGAGACACAAGAAGCGAGAGAGUAUCAACGAGAAAUUGGUGAUUUGCUAGCAAACCGAUUAACACAUGAUGAGGAGGGCGCCGUACAGGCGGAGCUCCAAGCAUUACAAGCGGAAGCGCUUGGACAAGCAGAGCCCGAAGUGCCUGUGGAGUUGCCAUCCCCGCCAAGUUCGUUGCCACUUGUUUCAGCAGGUCAGGGCAGUUCACGAUUGUCAGACGGCCGCGAUCCUGAUUUCUCUCUAGAAGUCCAGCCAGUGCCCCUAGCGACCAGGAGAGAGCGAGUUGCCGUGCCUGGUUAACGAAAACUAGCACGCAUUAAUGUUCUUAACCAUGGACAUUUCAUUCCGGUAUUAUCCAUACCCGACCUUUUCCCAAACAUCUACAGAUACUUUCGACACUACAGUAGGAUGGCAUGAUAAUGAUACAGAUAUUAGACAAUAGAGCAACAACUGUCUGUCUACUACCAAGCGUCAAAGUUUCCAAACCCUAUUUUCCGUUUCUUCUUGGCGUCGUCACCGAUAUCAUUGGUCUGU